AUGUCCGCCAUUCUGGGCUCGCCAGAGGUCGACCAACUACUUCAAAGAAAGCAUUGCCAAUCGUCUUUGGAAAAUCACGCCCAGCACACCCAGGCUUCAAGGUCAGGACAGAAGCCAUCAUUUCAUCUGAGCGCUCCAAAUGGUUGGCAGAAUGAUCCAUGUGGUUUGGGAUACGACCCUGCCACAGGCCUCUACCACGCCUUCUUCCAAUGGAACCCAUUAGGCAACGACUGGGGCAACAUGUCCUGGGGUCAUGCCACUUCAACCGAUUUUGUUUCUUGGGAAAUAUCGCCGACUCCCGCUUUAAUACCAUCUGCGAGCUAUGACAAGUGCGGUAUUUUCACCGGCUGUUUUCAGGCAUCUGAUAUCCACGGAAGCCCCGGGGCUUUGACAGUCCUCUACACCUCUGUCAGCCAUCUUCCCAUCCAUUACACACUCCCUUAUGCCACGGGAUGUGAGUCUCUGAGCUUGGCCGUCUCGAAAGAUGCCGGAAGGACUUGGGAACGCCAGGACUGCAAUCCUAUCCUUCCGGGACCGCCUGAUAACCUCCCAGUCACUGGGUGGAGAGAUCCCUUCCUGGCCACCUGGGCAAGAGGGCGUGCUGUUGACUCACAAGAGUCACAGCCUCAGCCUAGUCUCCAUGGGUUUAUUUCCGGUGGUAUCAAGGCUCAAAACCCCGCCGUUUUCGUCUAUACUGUCCAGCCUGAUGAUCUGCGACAGUGGAAUUAUAUCGGCUCUUUGGUGAAUGUUGGGCUUAACUUCCGUCCCUCGCGAUGGUCCGGUGAUUUCGGGGUCAAUUGGGAGGUCGCGAAUCUAAUGACCUUGACAAACGAUGCCCGCGAUUCCCGUGACUUUGUGAUCAUGGGUGUUGAGGGUUGUUUGCGCCCGGAGGUAACAAGCCAAAAUGCUGGAGAAGCUCGCCAUAAACGGGAUCCGAGAGGUCUCAUGUGGAUGUCUGUCAAAUCAUCCGCAAAGGAUGAAAGCAUUACCACCGAUGCGCUCACAUCCUACGCGUUCGCUGGAUUCUUCGAUCACGGUUGCUUGUACGCGGCCAAUUCUUUCUGGGAUCCAGAGACUUCCCAGCGAAUCGUCUAUGGCUGGGUGACGGAAGAUGAUCUCCCUGAUAGUCUUCGUCAUCGCCAGGGAUGGAGUGGUGUGACCUCGCUGCCUCGAGUGGCAACUCUCAUGACAUUGCAUCAUGUCGUAAAAGCACGACACUCCCCGCUAGAGUCGAUAACGUCAAUUGAAACGGUAAAAUCAGAAGGAAGUACCUUCACGAUUCAUACUUUGGGAAUCAGCCCGGACUCGCGACUUUCCCGUCUUCGGCACAGAGCUACUCAAAGUCACCUUGCGGAAUCAUCCUUAUCAAAUUCCGCUGCUAAAGAUCUUGCGAAUUGUUUGUCGUUGAACACAAAUAGAUGGGAGUUACAGGCUGCAUUUUCAGUUGGCCAGUCAUGCAAACGGGUUGGGGUCGAGAUUGCACACAGUGCUGAUUUUGAAGAUUGUACAGUUCUUGCCUGGGACUCCUACAGUGAAACAUUCACUAUUGACCGACCCAGAGUUGAUCCGGAAAUCAACCAUGGCCAGGAAUCUGCUCCUCAUACUCUUUUCUCCUAUCUUAAUGAUGGAGAAGAGGUGGAGGAGGCUCUAAGAAUCCACGCAUUCUUUGAUCAGAAUGUAUUAGAAGUGUUUGUGAACGGGAGAACGGUCAUCACAACCCGAAUCUAUCAUCCUUCAGACCGAUGCUUCGGUGUCAGGUUCUUUGCAGGACCAACCGAUGAUAGAGAUGAGGAAUCAUCUGCGGUACUUCUAGAGGCAGAUGUUUGGGAUGGACUUGGGAUUAAAUCGUGUUAA